GGAUGGAGGGCGGCUGGAGGAGGAGUAUGGUUGCGCACAGCUCGGGUUUGUUGCGCGGGCACUGGAGCAGCGGUGUAACCGAUCCCAGCUGCUGCCGUGGGGGGAAACGAGCUCUAUUCCCGUCCCCCGUGGAUUGGUCACGUGUCCUUGGGGAGCGUUUUGGUUCUGGAAAGCACGUCGGGAGGGAGAAGGAGCGCGCCGUUGCGCACAGCCGAGUUGGAGAGCAACAUCUUUAACAAGCGUUAAUGAUCCGGCGGGCGGAUAAAGCAGAUCAAUUUUGUUUUGGGGCGUUGUCGUGCACACUCCACGGCGGCGUGUGAUCACACAGAUCCGGUGACACCGUGAUCCCUGACUCACUUACUCGUCAAAAACUUCUUCGCUUACGAACUGUGAUCUUUACUGCGAGCGUCACAUUGUUGCCAGCCCCUGCUACUGCUACAAGUCGACACACGGAGCUGUCACGGCGAAACCGAGGAAGAGGAACGGUGGGCUGAUACCGUAAUUUCUGUCAGCAGCAGUUGAAAAUUCAAGUGAAAGAGGAAGAGGAAAGCAAGUGGAAAAAGGUAGAGGUAAUUGGCCAGCUUCUGUGGGAUUUGAUGUCACCUUUAGAUUGGUUCAACUGAAGAUGGAAACACUGGAGUCUGAGCUGACCUGCCCGAUCUGCCUGGAGUUGUUUGAAGACCCCCUGCUCUUGCCCUGUGCCCACAGCCUGUGCUUUAAUUGUGCCCACCGCAUCCUGGUGUCUCACUGCUCCACCAGCAAACCCCUCGAAUCCAUCUCGGCCUUUCAGUGCCCCACUUGUCGUUACGUCAUCACGCUGAAUCACCGCGGCCUGGAGGGCCUUAAGCGCAAUGUGACGCUGCAGAACAUCAUUGACCGCUUUCAAAAGGCCUCCCUUAGCGGCCCCAAUUCCCCCACCGAGAGCCGGCGUCUGCAGCCGCAGCGGCCCUACACCGCCACCAUUAGCGGUACAAUAGCUGGAACGAUUGGCGGUGGUGGUGGCACAAGUGGAGGCAGUGCCCGUGGCAGCCCAGCCACCUCCAGCCACUCCCACUCGCACGCCAACCACGCCAACCACACCAACCACGCCAAUCACACCAACCACACCAACGCAAACCACAGCCCAGCUGUUGUUGCUAAGAUGGAUCCACGUAUCAGCUGCCAGUUCUGCGAGCAGGAUCCGCCACGUGAAGCUGUCAAGACAUGUGUCACAUGCGAGGUGUCGUACUGUGACCGCUGCCUGCGUGCAACACACCCCAACAAGAAGCCCUUCACCAGCCACCGUCUCGUGGAGCCAGUCCCAGACACUCACAUCCGUGGCCUGACCUGCCUGGAGCACGAGAAUGAGAAGGUCAACAUGUACUGCUUGGUGGAUGACCAGCUCAUUUGCGCCCUCUGCAAGCUGGUGGGACGCCACAGAGAGCACCAGGUGUCCUCACUCACGGAGCGCUUCGACAAACUCAAGGCUUAUCAGGUGAGCCCGGGCAGAGUGUCAGAUGCGGUAAUGGAGGCUUCAAAGACAAGCGCUGCGCAAACUCUUGAGAACAACCUGACCAACCUGGUUAAGAGGAACAGUGAACUGGAGAACCAAAUGGCCAAGCUCAUCCAGAUCUGUCAGCAGGUUGAGGUGAACACAGCCAUGCAUGAAGCUAAGCUGGUGGAAGAGUGUGAUGAGCUGGUGGAGAUCAUCCGCCAGAGAAAGCAGGUCAUCGCUGUGAAGAUCAAAGAGUCCAAGGUGAUGAAACUGCGGAAGUUGGCUCAGCAGAUUGCAAACUGUCGCCAAUGUCUGGAGCGCUCCAGUGCCCUCAUCACACAGGCCGAGCAGAGCUUGAAGGAGAACGACCACGCCCGCUUCCUCCAGACUGCCAGAAAUGUAGCAGAAAGGGUUGCCAUGGCGACGGCCUCCUCCCAGGUACUCAUCCCUGAUGUCAACUUGAAUGAGGCGUUCGACAACUUUGCUCUUGACUUCUCGCGAGAGAAGAAGAUUCUGGAAGGACUAGAUUACCUAACAGCUCCCAACCCGCCAUCCAUAAGAGACGAGCUGUGCACCGCCUCCCAUGACACCAUCACUGUUCACUGGACGUCAGAGGACGAGUUCAGCGUCACCUCCUAUGAGCUGCAGUACACGAUCUACACUGGCCAGACUAAUUUCAUCAGUUUGUACAACUCUGCAGACAGCUGGAUGAUCGUACCUAACAUCAAGCAGAACCACUACACGGUGCACGGCUUGCAGAGUGGCACCCGUUAUAUCUUCUUUGUCAAGGCUAUCAACCAGGCAGGAAGCCGCAACAGUGAGCCAGCCCGCCUCAAAACCAACAGUCAACCCUUCAAGUUGGACCCGAAAACAGCCCACAAGAAGCUCCGUCUGUCCAAUGACUGUCUGACCAUGGAGAAGGACGAGAGCUCGCUGAAGAAGAGCCACACCCCCGAGCGUUUCAGCGGCACAGGCUCCUAUGGAGCUGCCGGUAAUGUCUUUAUUGACAGCGGGUGCCACUACUGGGAGGUGCUACUGGGAGCAUCCACAUGGUAUGCCAUCGGCGUGGCUUACAAAUCAGCCCCCAAAAACGAAUGGAGCGGCAAGAACUCAUCCUCAUGGGUGUUCUCGCGCUGCAACAACAACUUUAUGGUGCGCCACGAUGGGAAGGAGAUGCUGGUGGAGGCGAGCCUGCAGCUGAGGCGGCUGGGCGUCCUGCUGGACUACGACAACAACUCACUGUCCUUUUAUGAUGCCAUGAAUUCCCAGCACAUUCACACCUUUGAAAUCUCCUUCCUUCUGCCAGUUGUACCCACUUUCAUGAUCUGGAACAAGUCAGUCAUGAUACUCUCAGGGCUACCUGUCCCCGAUUUUGUCGACGGUGUGGCUUCAGAUCUUCAAGAGCAACAACAACAGCAAAUGGGCCUGUGCCGACAAGAAUCGCCAUACUUGACCGGGAUGAAGACCUGCCACUGACUGGUGCGGUGACUGACAGGUCGAUGGUGAGCUGAAAGGUGACGACGGCGUGACUGAGCUCUUCUCCAGUCAUUGCGAGUGAACUGGUUACUUUCUUAUGGAUUUAGAAAGUGUUGAAAAUAUGCAUACCAGUCUGGAAAAAUGUCAGUCCUGUUAGUUUAUGGCCAUCCAAUGUUUUUUGCAAGUCCAUCAGUGAAUGGGAACAAGGUCUCUUGACUGCAAACAUCAGUAAAAUUCAUGCGAUGCCCCGGAGUCAGUGACGGAGAGCUUUGAUCAGUCAUUAGGCAGGGCUGGACUCCUGGUUUUCAGGACCAUUUAAGGUCUUCCGUUUUCAUUUAUUGUCCUCUUGAUUUGACUCUAGGCAGAAGAGCAAGGUGGAAAUCCUCAUCUCAGCCAUAUAAAGUGUCAAAAUGCAACAUAUGAGCAGUGAGAUGGAUUUUUGAAGCGAUUUUAAAAAAAGAAAAUACACGACAUUAUGUAGAGGAAUUGCGACAUUAAAAUAACUGGAAUUCAGCAACUCCAGACAGUUUAAAUUGAUUUUAAUUUUCCACAUUUCUGUUUCAUUGAGCUUAACUGAUAUGAGAAGUAAUAAGAUCUGACACAUUUUAAAUGAUCUCGAGUUAAAUGAGAAGAUCGAUACCAUUCUCAUGUCUGUGCACUGCAUAUGAAGCUAGCUCCAGCAGCCACAUAAGCUUAAUGCAUUAAGACUGAAAACUUUAACCUCCCAGCUCCAUCACGUAAACCUCCUAUAAGACCACAAAGUGUCAAAUCGUCAUUUCUCUUUUGUCAUGGACUGACCAAACAAGUAAAAUUGGUAAGAUUCUGAGAUGCUGCAAGAGCCAGGAUAGGCUAGUGAUGGCCUGAAAUGAACAAAUAAAUCUUUUCUACUUUUGUGUACCAGGUGUACACUAGAACAUGCAGCCUCCAGAAGUUAGCCAUAUACUUGCACUCAGAGUUGUACAAACGAACAAAAAAAAAAACAACAUUUUUUCUGCUUUUGUGUAAUACAAAAUGAAUUGUCAGGCAUGUAUGAAAGAAGUUUACAACCUCCAACACUCACUUCAACACUUUGAGACAGAGAUUUGGUUUUGCUUCAUGCAGCAAGGUUGUGACUGACUGAUACAUUUUCCACUCAGGGUGUGGUGUAUUUACUGUAAACAAUGCAUGAAACACAAGUGUCACUGAAAGUUUAAGUGAAAGUAAUUUAUAUUUCACAAGUUAUGCAGCUGACCGCAUAACCUUUGGGAGCAAAAUGAUGCAUAUUGCUUCGAUAUAAUGCGUACAUGCCAUGCUAGUGUGACAUUCACCCUCAAAACUGCAAAUACUUGAUGUAUUUAGAGUUCUAGGUCCUGGUGUACUGACGCAAUGCAACACUCAAUGAACCAGUGUCCAGACACAAGAGUGGUAUCGAUUCUCUUUUAUGCCUCAGGCCAGGAAAGUAAGAUUUAAUUCUUUAAAUUUAGAUGUAUCUUCUUUGAGUCUGCUUUGCCAGAUGUUGCCAUUUUGCUAAUUCAGAUGAAUGCUCAGUGUGAACUUUCUGUGGGUCAUUACAGUAAAGUGGAUUCCAAAUAUUCUGCUGCCACUGUUCAUGUGUUGUAUCCUUAGUGGCUGUCACUGUGGUUGUUGCUGAAGCCUUUUCCUUGAUCUUCCUCCUAGAGUUGACCCAUCGGUCCUGUUUGCAUUGGUGGGUCACAGCUUCCGAGUGUCAGGAAGUGUUAACGUUGCUCCCAGAUGCUGUAUUAACAAGAUCAUAGGGGUAGAUUUGCAUCAUGUGACUACUCGACUUGUAUAAUAAGAGGUUUAUUGAAUUUUAAAGGAAAAAAGGUGUUAUUUAUGACAAAGAAGAUGGUUUACUUUUAUUGUUAAUCGCAACAUAUUCAUGAUGCACUUUUUAAUUAACACUAUUUCCCCUCUAUGAGUAUUAAAAUAGAUGGAGCUGAGUGGCAGGUUUGUACUGGGGAGGGAAAGUGACAAUUACCACUGCUGCUGGUUGUGUUAGCUCACCUUUUUUUCCUGCACAUCUUUACAAAUGAAUUUAUGAUCAGAAACUAAUUAUGAUGAUCAUAUUAAACACAUAAAGUUUCUUGCAAUAAAACACCGUUAAAACUUUGCAGUCGUCUUAUCUGGUCACUCAAAGAUCUUUGCAAUAAAAAAAAUACUUCCCUGCUGUAUAGUCAACGGGGGUUUUUUUUUCUGUGCUUUGAACACAACCAGCAACUUUCCCUCCUCAUUGCUCUUUUCAAAAGCAUAUAACGAAAGUAUCUUGUUUAGAAAAGGGAUGUGAUUAUGAUGAUGUUUAUGGGAUUUUUCAUCACAAUGAUAUGAUGAUGAACUAAUAACUGUUUUAAGACGUUCACUCUGUUGUUGACUUUUUCAGGAAGGAGGGAGUUAACACUUAACUUUGCUGUCUGUCGCGACGUCAUGGCAUGAUUGUGUUUUCCUCUGUGAUUUGUUAACACACACACAUGCACAUACACACCCACACAUGUUCCGUUUAGGUUGGCCUUGUCGUGGUAAAUGCAUGAUACAUUGUAGGAUCCCACCAUUCACUGGGUAGUUUAAGUAACUCUUUCAAGUUUGUUUAACAAAUCUUGUCUUCAGUUUCUUACAACAGGCUUGACCUCAAACUCAUUUUGUCCUCCAUAACUAUUUAAAUAAUAGCAGUUGCUGGAGCCAUUGCUUGCUUUUUGUUUGGAUUUGAAGGCCUCGUGUGGGCAUCGGUGGUUUGAUAUUCAGGUAGCGGCACUGAUUCAGACAAUCAAAUACGUGUGUGAUAGGUUGGGAUGAUUUAAGAGUUGUUGCACAGGAAAAGUGCAGAGAGAUUGUGACACUGGAAGCUGUGUUUGGGAGAAAAGAUUAUUAUCAUAGUCUUGACAUGGAAAUCCUUACACCUCGUGGCUAUUUUCACUCCCUGAACUCAUCACCAGGUUUGUGCUUGAUGUUAACUGUCAUCUAACAUUUCUAUUCUGACAGGCUGCGAUUUCAUUGUCUUAAAAAAGCAGGAAAGCCCCUGCAAACUCAUACUUAUUUCAAUCAUUUUCUCGUAGCUUUAAAAAGUAAACUCUCUGCAGAGGGAAAGCAGUGAGGAUCUGACAUGCAAUGGCUGACAAUAUCUGUGCACCUUUCAACCUGCAGUGUUCAUUUAUGGAGACUGAAUGAUGCAUCAGUCUUGAUUAUUUGAUGAAGAUAUCCAUUACAGUGAUAAUGCACUGGUCAGAGGUAACAGUGGGAGCUCCAGAAUGAGGAAGAGGAGGAUGUUUUUUUGUUGGUUUUUGUGGGGGGGGGUUUCCGUCAGGGAGAUUACUGAAUGUUACCUGAUUUCCGGAUGUCCAUCCAUAUCCACCCAGUCUCAGAACGACCAAGUGUUGAUUUGUGAUCUGGAACGACAAGCUCAACUCAUCUGUGCAAGUGUGCUUGGCUGGGUCACUGCAUGAUUACGUGACCUUGCUACAGGUUCGUAACUCUUUCCUUAUCUUCAUGAUGGGGUUUUUUAUCGAGUCAAACAUAUUCUCUCUUCUUUUUUUUUCUUUUUUUUUCUACAAUGGAAAAAAAAACAUGACAGAAAAAGUCACACAACAUUUUCAUUGCCACGCAUAUCAGAUCGUUUGCAGUGCUCUUUUUUUUGUGUCACAAGUCAAUACAGUAAAAUAUAUACGGUGAAUGAUUUUCAAUAGCUACCCCACUCCUUGUAGUGCAGUGUAAUACCCUAGAGACAAUGCAAUAGAUUCUCCUUUUGCUUUUCUGUUUGUGUAACUUGGGAAAUUGUUUCCUUUUUUUGUUUGUUUUUUUACAACUCAAGAGAAAAUGCGCUCCUCUCCUUUGGCAUUUGGACCUUGAUGAACAGCACAAAAAGAGCAGUUUUGCCUUCAUGCAAUGCUUUCUGUUUCCAUAGAUAUAACUGAGAUAAUUUUAGCCAGAGAGGAAUGUAAAUCAUAGGGGGAAAUAUAUAUUAUAUAAAGUUGUAUAAUAUACAAAAUAUAUAUGAUCCAAUGUUAUUUAUGUGAAUUUAAGUCCAAUUAAAAGUCUGAUCCCAAAACUA